AUGGGUAUGAAUUAAAACCAAAUCAAUAUUCUCUGCUUAUCGAAAGUAUUUUUUAGUACUUGCUCAAGUCUUAUAUCAAAAUGGUAAUAAAAGUAGUCAGUUGAUGGACAUGAUUUCGUUCAUCCUUUCAUGCAAAGUUUAUAAAUGUUUUUAGGUGAAGCUCUUUGUUUCUUAGUUUUCUUAGUAUACAAAAAAAAAUUUGCUGCCAGAUAUGAAGAGGGUAGACAAGUAGCUGUAGCAAAAGGUGCAUCUGAUAAGAUUAACUAUUUGAUUUUUAGCUUUCCUACUAUGUGCGAUUUUAUCACCUCUACAAUUUCUUUCUUUGCCAUUAAUAUGAUGCCUCUAUCCAUCAAUCUUAUGAUUAAAGGAGGUAACAUUAUUGUGACUGCAAUCUUCUCUAUUAUCUUUUUAAAGAAGACUCUUUACAACCACCACUACUUAGGAUUAGGAUUGGCAAUUGCUGGUUCAGUUUUUAUGGGAGUUAUGAGCAUGCUUAAUACCAAUAAUAGUGAUGAUGAUUAAGCCUAGAUGCUUAUUGGUAUUCUACUUACAGUAUUUUCUUUUUUCACUUUUGCUACAUAGAUGGUUGUUGAAGAAAAAUUCUUCAGUUAAUAUUAUUUGCAUCCAUUUUAAGGUGUUGGCAUAGAAGGUUUCUGGGGUAUAGGAAUUACAUCUAUAGCUAUUGCAAUAUUCAACUUCAUCCCAGUUCCUAAUAACUUUAAAGCCCCACCUAAUGGAAAUAUGGAAGACUUCCCUAAUUUUAUGUAUUAAGUGUUUUCUAUGCAAAACUUGGUCUUAUUUUUUACCUUCUUUGCAUAUAUAAUAGUAAUUUUAUUUGUUAAUGGGCUUGCUCUUACUGUAACAAAAUACGCUUCUUGUAUUGUGAGGUCUUUAUUGAAUAUAACCUCUCCAUUUUUGGUUUGGGCUUUCUGCUUGGCUGUUAAAUGGGAAAGCUUCUAAUGGUUCUAGCUCGUUGCUUAUAUUUUCAUAACAUGUGGUACGUUGGUUUACAAUGAAACAAUUGAGAUUCCUUUAUUAGGUUUAAACAAAAAUUUAAAGAAAUAUAUUAAUAAAAAAGAAGAAGAAGAACCAUUUUUAGACUAAGAUAAUAAUUUAGUUCCCUAACACCCAUACAGAUCUUUCCAUAAACACUCUGAACAAAUUGAUAGUAACUUUUCAGAAUCUUGA